CAAAACGCUUAGCGCCUCAUGUCGUACGGCAAAGCGCUAAGCCUUCGGUUUUGGUAUUCACGUUGCUGUGCGAACGCUUCGGGUUCAAAACGCUUGGCACAUAUUGGCAACGGUGGUUGUUCCAGUGUUACCAACAUAUUUGUCUCCAAUGUCACCAAUGUUAUAUAACCACAGUACUAAAAAAGUUUCUAUUUCUGGCAUUAUGUUAUGAUGGUUGUCACUUGUCAGAUGCGUUUUGUCAGUGUCACUCGAGUUUCGAAAUGUCUCGUAAACAAAUUUCCAUUUUACAAAAAACUAUGCUAAUUGAUUUCCUGGAAGACCACCCGGAAUUGGUGUCUCAAAAACAAACAAACCAAUACACCAGCGCAGACGCCCGCAAGUUAUGGGUGGAGUUGAGCGAAAAGUUAAAUGCAAUUCCUGGGGCCACUAAGCAAUGGACUGAAUGGAGAAAGACCUGGACAGAUAUGAAAACCAGAGCAAAAAGGAAGAAGUCAGAAAAUAAAAAGGAAGCUAGCCAGACCGGAGGUGGACCAAGCUCGGCAGAGAGCUUGAAUGAAAUCGAUGACAAAGUCUUGGAAAUAAUGGGGGGAGAAAUCUUAAUUGAAGGGCUCCAAGUGCCAGAAUUAGGAUUAUUAUACACCUUACCGAAAGAAGCUGAGGUUGUCGAAGUGCCUGUAUGCAAAAGUUAUCCUGUACAUGAUAAUGAUGACAAGGACAAGGAAAACCUGUGUCCAAAUAAUAUUAAAGAAAAGAACCUUAAACGCGUGAGACCACCACAUGGCACUAAAAGGUGUAGGCAGACAAAUUCAAUACCAUCAUCAGUCCAGGCCGCAAACGAUUUAGUUGCAGCACAACUGCAACUAAAUCAAAUAAAGGAAAAUUAUUAUAAAAAAAAAAUUGAAGUUUUAGAAAGAAUUGCUUCUAGUUCAGAAACAAUUGCUAAAAAAUAUGCAUCAUAGCUUCUUUUGUUUGUUUUUGUCUGUAUUUUUAUUUUAUAUAUUUUUUAUGAUCAGAGUAUAAGGUUUUGUUGUGAUGAGAUGUGUGGU